CCUGAGACACCGACACCGCACCACCAGAAGGAAACCAAAACCCCAAGCCCCUCGCUCUUCCUGUCCCUUGAAAUUGCCGAGCCAGCCUCAGCAACAUUUGCUUCCAAGUUUCUCCAGCCCCAGCCUUCCCAGCUCAGAUCAAACAAAUCCAUCCUGAUCUGGUUUCCAGUUUCUGGCUGCUCCUUGGAUCACCUGAUAGCCUUCUAUCUCCGUUCUGAGCUGAAGGCCUGACAUCCGACGCGGUCUGUGCAGAAGCUUAUAGUACUAUUGUACGAUAAUACCGAUAGUUCCUUAGUCCGAUCUGCUGAAAGUGGUCUGUGAUCAAGCAAGUUGAAGAUGCUCGACAUUAACUUGUUCCGAGCGGAGAAAGGCGGGAAUCCAGAGAUAAUUCGCGAGUCGCAACGGCGAAGAUAUGCGAAAGUGGAGCUGGUUGACGAAGUGAUCGCUCUGGACAAAGAAUGGCGGGAAUGCCAAUUCCAGCUGGAUCAGCUUCGAAAGGAUUUUAACAAGGCAAACAAGGAAGUCGCCGCUAAGAAGAUCGCGAAGCAAGAUGCGACGGAGGAGAUCGCCAAGGUGAAGUCGAUCGACGAGGCGAUCAAGGCCAAGGCGGUGGAGGUGGAGGAGAAGCGCAAGGAGGUGGACGCGCGAGUGAAGAUCAUCGGCAACUUGGUGCACGACUCCGUGCCCGUGAACGACGACGAGGACCACAACGCCGUGAUCCGCACGUGGGGCGAGCCCCGCACGGACGAGGGGGUCAAGCACAACCAUGUGGAUCUGGUCCAUAUGCUGGACAUUGCAGAUCUGGACAGAGGCGCCAGCACGGCCGGGGGCCGCGGGUACUACCUCAAGGGCAUGGGCGUGAUGCUGAACCAGGCGCUCAUCAGCUUCGGCCUCUCGUUCCUCGUGCAGCGGCAGUUCACGCCGCUCCACACGCCUUUUUUCAUGCGCAAGGAGGUCAUGGCGGAGUGCGCGCAGCUCGCGCAAUUUGAUGAAGAGUUGUACAAGGUGUCGGGAGAGGGCGAGGACAAGUACCUGAUUGCCACGUCGGAGCAGCCUCUCUGCACGUACCACCGAGGGGAGUGGCUCGACCCCAAGGCUCUCCCUCUUAGAUACGCGGGGUACUCCACGUGUUUCCGCAAGGAGGCAGGGUCGCACGGUCGCGACACGCUGGGCAUUUUCCGCAUCCACCAGUUUGAGAAGGUCGAGCAGUUCGCCAUCACCAGCCCCAACGGCAAUGACUCGUGGGAGAUGCACGAAGAGAUGCUCAAGAACUCGGAGGACUUUUACCAGAAGCUGGGCCUGCCCUACCGUGUGGUGGCCAUUGUCUCUGGUGCGCUCAACGACUCGGCGGCCAAGAAGUAUGACCUGGAGGCGUGGUUCCCAGCGUCCAAAACCUUCCGCGAGCUCGUGUCCUGCUCCAACUGCACGGAUUACCAGGCCAGGCGCCUGGAGAUCAGAUACGGCCAGAAGAAGAUGAACGAGACAACGAAGCACUACGGCCACCUGCUCAACAGCACCCUGACUGCCACAGAGCGCACCAUCUGCUGCAUCCUCGAGACCUAUCAGACGGAGACAGGUGUCACCGUGCCAGAGGUCCUUCGCCCCUUCAUGAUGGGUGUGGAUUUCAUCCCCUUUGUAAACAGCCCCCCUAGUGCACCGGCGGAAAAGAAAGCUGCCAAGGCAGGUGGGAAAAAGGAGAAGGGGGGUGGAGGAAAGAAAGCAGAAGCCCCAGCAGCAGCAGCAGCAGCAGAAGGGACAGCGGCUGCUGUGAAAGAAGCUGCAGAUAAGCUAGCAACAGCUGCUAUUGAUGGGGAGAAGUAAGCAGAUUCAACACCUUGUUGACUUCAGUUUGCAAGAUGCCUAGUUUCUGGUCUGUGGACCAUACAAUGAUUUUCUUUAUAGAAGGGCGCUCUGUGUCUGGAAUGGAUGCUGCACCAGAAUCAGGUUACGGCAGUAAAGAGGUCGAGAUGCAGGGAAACACCCCAAGUCUCAAUUCGUUGUGAUUCUACUGACGCUGUUUCGUUUUCUUGUAAGGGGCUGCAGACUUUGUACUGGUGGUACUGAGCAUUUCAAAUAGUGUUUCAAAUAGUAC